AUGAAUACUUCUCGUGCUUAGUAAUGUAAAUAAUCCUAAUAAGGGCCUUGAACACCACAUUGGCUUCAUAAAUCUAAUAGACUAUUCAUGAUAUCCUGGAUAAUUACUGUGAACAUCUCAUUGAAUCAGGGAGCAGUUACUUUUAUGUGCAGCCCUUCUCCCAAGGGACCUUCAGUAACAAAGUGCUUUAGACGAUUCAUGAUUGGCUCUUGCUUGCUUGUGCUAAAUUUGAACCCGAGGGUCCUUUGAAAGUUGGGAUCAAUUUCAGUGGCAGGCCUUCAUGAUGACUCGACUAUAUAAAUAGGGAGCCUAUAAAAAGUGCUUGCAGGCAUUGUGCAAUGGAAAGGGUGAAAUCUGGUUUGAAAAUAGCAAUUCUAUGCAAAAUGUCAGAUAUAUAUGUAAAUGCACUGGUUUUAUAUUCUCCCCUUGAUAUGACAUGUGCUCACACACAAAGCUGAGUUUUAAGGAUAAGUUUGGUGUCCGUCAUUUCAUUCAAGUUCUUAACACAUGAUAAAGGUGUGCGAAGGAAUGUUUCCAGCCUCACAUCCAAAAUGCAAAAGUAAUAUUCUUAAUUUGUAUUGUCCAUAGUUACCUGGAUAGGAAUCUAAAUUUCAGUAACAUUUAUAUGUUGCCUAUAUGUUAAAUAUUACUUGAGAAGCAAAAUGGAUAUGGAAACAAGAAGUAUAUUGACUUAGAAAAAUGAACUACCAGUUAUUCCCCCUAUACAUCCACCAUACAGAAGUCUCAUAUUAUCUCAUUGUAUUUGUUUUCCCACUAAACAAUAGGAAAACGAUGUCUGAUAAAUGAUAAGCGAUUAUGUAUCCUUUACUGCAGUGGUGAAUUAGUCAUUUAAAAAAUACUAUAUAAUUAUGCAUCAAAAUUAAUCUUUAAGUGUGAGCUUAAGGGCUUCCACAUAACAACUGCAACACGGGAUAUUUGAGUGAGUCUUAUUUUCAAGGUAUCUGUUUCAUCAGUGAAUAAUUCAAUAUGUAGCAUAAAGCAUGCCAUGGGUAAGGUACUGAAUGGGUUAAUGUAUAUGCAAUUUUGAAAUGAAAAACAAAAUCAAGCCUACAAGAAAGAAACACGAUAUAAAGCGUCUAAAUAAUCUGAGUGUAGCGUCAAACUAUUAAUAAAUGCGGAAAUGAAAGUUAUUGUUUGUUUUAUGUAUUUUUGCUCUUUGAUAUGAUGAAGGAUCCAAAAGGUUUUAACGAAUUUGAUAAAAGCCGUAGUUGAGGAUUGAUGUAUAGCUCAGUGUAACCUGAGUCUGAUGGCCUGGUGUUCAGCUUUUCAACACCAAGGUCAUUCUCUUGGCCAAACGUUGAAUGAGAUGAGUGCUGCUAAAGAGCCAUUAGUUUCAUGAUCCUCAUUGCUCCAGGUGAAGGUAAGUGAACAUCAGUGUUGUCUUUUACAUCGGAUUGUGAAUCAAUUGAAAAUUAAAUAGAUGAAAAAGGAUAUAAUCUGUUUUGGUAAAUAUUACCAAAGGCUUUUUGCCAAGAACACCAAAUUAUCAAAUUUUCUAUAUUAUUUUGUAUAAAAUUGUGCCUCUCAUUGUCAGGUUCUUGUUUUCCUCACUGCAGGCUUACAGACUGUGUUGUGUCACUAUACGAUGCUAUGACGAUGUCAACUAGAAGCUUAGAAGAAAGUUGCAACAUUCUAGAUAAUGAAAGUCUAGCAGAUCUAAAACCGUGUCAAAAGGACACCUUUCAAUCCCAACAGGAUUUGGAGGAUAUAUACAGUAUAAGCUCAGGAAGUCCAUGUCCAAUCAAGGAUAAAAAACAGGCUGAAGUGCUCUCAAACCAAUCUUUGGACAAACCAGGAAUCCUGGCACAUCUCCAGCAUACAUUAGCUUUGGAGUCCAUAAGAGAACUAGUAGAAAUAGAAGAGAGGAGUGAAGGUCGAAGUCCAGGCGAUGGAGCAGUUCGAGUUAAAGAUGUGUGCAGAGAGACAUGCCCAUCCACCGCUAUAAGAUCUGCGGCAUUGCCCUCAGAAGGAUGUGGUGAUACAUUAGAAAGAAUUGCUUUGAGACAAGAUUCGAACACACAACUUGAUUUGGUGGACCCUUCCAGCUCCAUAGAUGAUGUCCUGGUUGGAUCGUGUAAUGCAGAAGAUACCUCGUACAUUGCGUUGAUUCCUGGACACCAGGAGUGGGGUUAUUCUUCUGUGUCUAAUAAUAAGAAGGAGGUAACAGGACAUCAGUUAACCCUAUCCCACACCAGUUCUGGCAUUUUAGAGGUUCAGCUGAACGAUCAGUUCAACAUCACCCCACUGCAAGACCCUCAAGAGGAGUCCAUUUGUCCCCAAACUGCUGAAAAGUUUAAUACUGUCAGAGACGAGUCACAGACGGAGGAGAAUAAUCUCAACUUGGAGGGGGUUGAUAGUGAUAUCUGUGAAAAGGAAGGCAGUGUGUCUAAUCAGACCCUUAUCGAGGUUCUUACUGCAUGUGAAGCCAGAGUGGAGCAGCUUGAGGAGCUCAAAUCAUCUUCAAUAGAGAUGUCUGCACAGUUGCAGUCUGCCAGGCUUCUGGUUGCCAGGCUGCAUCAAAAAGUGGUCAACUUGGAACACGAAUGUCAUCUUAAAGACAAGGAGCUCCAUGACCUGACAGUCAACCUUGAGAAGACGAGUGAAGCUCUCCAAACAAGAAACUCAGAAAUGGCUGCUAUCACUGAGGAGCUCCGCCGACUACACCUUGACCUGGAAGCGCAGAAGAAAACAGCUGCAGCUGGAAGGACAGUCAAUGCCAACGGGCAGCUCACUUCAAAUGCACCCCAGCGCAAUAGCAGCUCCAAAGUGUGCACGUUAUUUUAAGAACAAAAAUAAACUUGUCUUGUAGUAAGUAAACUUACAGUAUUUUGUAUCCAGUGAACAAAAUGAUGGUUCUUAGUCCCAGAAGGGUCCAUGUGAUUUUUAUUUCUUUUUUUAAUUUGUACAAAACAAGGAUCUUUUCGUAGACCAUUUCUAAUUUCAGACUAAUUUUAAUGAAUGAAAAAUGACAGAAAUGUUGUCUAACUAUCUUGUCUAAAAAUCACAUCAGUCUCAGUUAGUGUUUUGUUUCAAGUCCAAUGCACUUAAACAAAAACAAAGAUGUUCCAAACUUUGUCAGAUUGGAUGUAGAUUGGAUCAGAUUGGAUGUAACAUCAUUUUCCUUUAUGUACUGUAACAGUAAAAUAUUUAUCUAUUUUAUUAUUUAGUUGCAUAUCAGUUAAUCAUACUCAUUUAUGAAUUCAUGUACAAGGGCUUGGAUUUGUUGUGUUAUUGCUGUAUAAAUUCAGAUAUUUUAAAA